UAAUUUGACUUUUCUCUCCCCCGUUUUCCUUCUCCAUUUAUCCGCUUCCGCCUCCCCUCUCUCCCUGAUGCACAGAUGAACCGCGUGCCCUAAUCCUCUCCGAGAUUAGUACCUAUCCGAGGAAAUCGAGGGUUGGAGCUUGGGAUUAAGAUUCCGCCUGUACGAAUCGAAGUGCGCGGCUGGAUCGAGGUUGAGCACGCCAUGAUGGCGAACGCGAGGUUUCAGAAGCAGGCAUUGCUGCCGCCGCGGAGCCCGUUCCCGGCGGCGGUGGGGGCGGCGCCGUCGCCGUCGCCGCACGCCGAGCUGGGCCCGAUCGCGCGGCCGCGGGACGCGCCCCACCGGCACGGCCACCAGCGCACGUCGUCGGAGAGCGUCCUCAUCGACGAGCAGCCGUCGUGGCUGGACGACCUGCUCGCCGAGCCCGAGGCGCCGGCGCGGCCGCACGGCCGCCCCGGCCACCGCAGGUCGUCCAGCGACUCCUUCACGCUGUUCGACGGCGGUGCCUCCGCCGCCGCGGCUGGCAUGUACGACAAUGUGUUCGAUGGAAUGAGGGGAAGAGGUGGAGGAGGACAGCAGGUUGGUUCUUGGGGUGCCGCACCGGAGUUCUUCCCGGAACAAAGCUCGUUUGGGCGGCCGCAAGGGCAGGGGGGCCGGCCAUGGGAUUCGAGACUGAUGCUCCGACAAGGUGGUGGUGGUGGCGGCGGCAUGCCGGUGCCGAUGAAUGGUGGCCAUCAUGGUCCACCAAGCGCAUUUGGUGAUCAUGGGCAUGGUUCUUUGCCGAAUGGGGUGGACAGGAAAGGCCCUGGAGAUUCAGCUCAUGAUCAGAGGAUGGGAGCAGAGAGGAAAGAGGGUGCACACCUAAGGCACUCCCAAUCGGAGGCAGACACCAAGCGAGCUAAACAGCAGUAUGCUCAGAGGUCUCGUGUUAGAAAGCUCCAGUACAUUGCAGAGCUCGAGAGAAGAGUUCAAGCUUUACAGACAGAGGGUGUAGAAGUUUCUGCUGAGAUGGAUUUUCUUGGUCAACAAAAUAUCAUGUUAGAUUUGGAGAAUAAAGCCUUGAAACAACGGCUUGAGAGUCUAUCUCAGGAACACCUAAUUAAACGCUUUCAACAGGAGAUGUUUGAACGGGAAAUUGGCCGUCUCAGAUCAUUGUUUCAGCAACAGCAACAGCAGCAGCACAUACCACAGCAGCAGGGUCCUACCCACAGUCGUAGUAACAGCAGAGACCUCGAUUCGCAAUUUGCAAACAUGUCUCUAAAACACGGCGAUCCCAACUCAGGGCGUGAUGCUGUUCCAGGCCUUCGCAUUUAGGAUUCUUUUCCCCCAGCUUAUGAUUCUGUGAGUUUCACAUAGCUUCGCUAUCCCUGUCAUACCACUAUUUGUGGUCAUUAGUUGCAUCAGGAGGGGAGCAGCGACGAUGAACCUGGAAUCACAUCCAAUGAUGAAUAGAGCUGGAAAGGCUUAGUAACUAUGGAUCCAAUCCUUAUUUCAUUCUGAAUGUGCACCUGACGGUCAUCCUCAUCUCAUAUCCAUUGUUUUGAUGCUAGACCAGUCGGAGGUGUUUAGGGUCUAUUUGCAGCUUGAAGCUUUUCUUGCUUCCUAGUCAGUUUGAAACAAGGUUCUAAUUCAUUCAUUCAGUCUUUGUUUCAUUUGUUAUUUCAAAUCCGCAUUAUUACACACCAUGUGUUGCUUCUAAUAGUUCGGCAGCCGGCACACAAGGACAUGAGCAGAAUGUGAGAAGUGUUGAGAUUAAUUGUCACGUCUUGGAGAACUGUAUGCAGCACAUCCAAUAAAAGCUUAGUGCUGUUGAAGCAUGUUGUAGUUCUCUCAUGUCUUUGAACUGUGUAUUGACUCCUGUAAUACCAAGUUAAUCGGAACGCAGUGUCAUAUCUGAUAAGGCACGCCGUGUUCAUAUGAAAAAUAAGCUGUUAUAUAUCUUUUUGGGCCUGGAA